UUUAUUUUUAGAUUUUUUUUUCAAAUAUUUUUUAGCCACUUUUAACUUUUUUACCUGUCCUUUUACAUUUUUCUCAAUCUUCUUUUUUAUUUCCAUAAAUUUUUAUUUAAAUAUUUUUUUUAAUUUUUAGAUAAAAAUAUUAAAUGUAAAUUUAAGGUGAUAUAAAAAAUAUUUUUAUAAAAAAAUCACCAAAAAUGAUCUCCAAAUUAAUUUGUUGUGUUUUGUUCUACCUCAAAAUAUAUUUUACUGUUGCCGAAUUAUUUUCAAGCUCAAAUUCUUCGCCAAUUUCACAAAUUGAUUGGGCUAAUAUUCCAACACCUCCAAGAUUUAUUCACGAACGGAAUGACCCAAUUACUUAUUUUUCUCUUCAAGACUAUAAAGGGCCUAAUGGAAAUGGGCGGCAUGAGAGGGAUGAACACCAAAAUGGAAUUAAUCAUUUACAACAUUUUUUGAAACCAAAAGUUUUUAGAUGUGUUGCUAUUGGAAUUCCACGGCCCGAAUAUAGAUGGCUUAAAGAUAAUUCAACAUUUCCUGUCAAUGUUUACAGGGAUAGAAUAAUUACAAAUUCUGACAAUGGAUCUUUAAUUUUUACAAAAUUUUUUGAAUCUGAUGAGGGGGAAUAUCAAUGUCUGGCUAGUAAUGAUAAUGGAACUGCUUAUUCUGAGAAAAUUAAACUUUUGUUGGCUUGUAGGUUUUUUUUGGAUUUUUAA